AUGGAGCGCUUCAGAGCCGGCAUCAGGGCAUCCACCAUCACGAAAGAGCAGUUACGGAGACGUAUGACCGGCCCGAGGCCAAAGUGGAUAGAUCUUGUCGACCCCAUCAAGCCCACGGCUGCUCAGUACGUGACUCAAAGCGAGAAGAGCUUCCUAGAAGAGCACUUCUUUCGAUGUCCAGCUGACACCCCUAGGAUAAGUCGACGAUGGGUAGACAGAAGUUAUCCAAGGACGAUUCGCAGCCGCCAGAGCAACCAAAACCGUAUGUCUCCGCUGGCGUACCAUACUUUCGAGAACCGUUUUGGUCGAUUCAAGGACCUUGCAUGGAAGGUCCCUCAUCCUGGACUGGAAAAGAUCUGGACAUUUCUUUCGACGCUUAAACUGCCAACGCAAGGCUUGCUCUACACUGACGCAAUUGAUUGCGUCAACGCUUUCACUUCGGUGAUUAAUAUGGACAAAUGUCCUAGAAGGCUGAGACGCAAGCGAUUUGAUCCGACUCUAUGUUAA